AUGAUUGCACGGAACGGUCUCGUUGUGGUGUUGCUCGCAUUGUUCGUGUCGAUAUGUCAAGGAGUGGAACUGUCGGUUGUUCAGCCGAGGCGAAUGAAACACCUUGAACGUCAUAACGUGCUCGGCCUAUCCGCUGUUCACGUCGAGCUGGAGCCGGGAAGCAAAAAACAAUUCUCCUACUACUUUUCGCCAGAAGUCACUACCGAAGGAUAUUUGUGAGUUUUGAAGGUUUUGGGGACGUUUACUGUGGCAUACUGUAUUUGAAAGAACUUUUGAUAAUGUUACGGUAGCAUACUGUAUUUGAAACAUAGUUUUUUAUAAUGUUACUGUAGCAUACUGCGUUUGAGAGAUAAUUCCUGAUAAUCUUACUGUAGUAUACUGUAUUAAAACCUAUUGUUUUUAGCCGUUUUGAUGAGAACAAUACUGGCUACGCGGUCCAGAAGUCUGGCUACUACGGUCUGAUCAAGGAGAGAUAUAGAAUCCAGUUCGGUCUCGAGAAUUGUCGCCAGAAUCCGAAAUACCAAAUUAAAAAGAAGCAUUGUCUGUGUUACGAGACGAAGGGCAGUGGUCAACCUUCAAAGGAUGUGAGUUGAUUACGGUAACUGUGGCUGACUUGUUGUAGCAUUAGUACUAGUUUUAUUAGAACAGUACUAGUUUUGAAAUGGCGUACUAGUACCUCAACUUAUGCUUUAAUGCGCUGCAUUAGAGAGAUGUUACAGUUCGAAAUGUCAUUAUAUUAGAGAUGUUACAGUAUGAUAUAUCAUAAUAUUAGAGAUCUUACAGUAUGAAAUGUCAUAAUGUAAUGCAUGGUUUUCUUUGAUAGUCCUAUACAGUACGAGUAUUUUAGUGGUGCGGCAAGGAUGGUUAUGCCUUUGUCUGCUUUGUUCCCGAAAAGAGUAAAGGUGUGGUCAAGUACCUGGACCCGCAAACCAACAAAGCGACUUCAUUCGCAUCGGUUCAGUGUGACAAUGUGCUGUUGAAGGUGGAUGUGAGUUUGGUUUUGUCUUUCUGAUGUUGUGGAAGGCGGUGUCUCAUCGAAGAUUGUUUUAGGGCUCUGAAUUGGAGCUUGAAUGUGGACAGACAUUGAUCACGGGCGUCAAGAUCGCCAGCAAAUUGCCAGUGCCAAAAGUGACGGGCCAGUACAUGGCGGGCAGAAAGGAUAAGGUCAAGAUGAUCAACCUCGAGUUCAAGGAGUGUGGCAGUGUUGUCUUGGUAAGUAAUGUCUAGGUUUUAAAUGUCAUGUUACUUUUCUAAAACAAUUUUUUUUAAAUUAAAAAACUUUUUGAAAUUUCAAAUUCACAUUCACGGUACCACUUUCAGAACAACUUGUACUACACGCAGAACCUGUGGAAGGAGAAGAAGCCCAUGGAUGAAGCCGCUGUUCACUUGACCGAAGACAAGAAGGAAACGGCAAAGUUUGACGGUUCCACUUGUCAGGAGUGUAGCUGCGACCGGUUCGAGUUCGAGUUCAAGUCUGGCAUUCGCUUUGGAGUCAGUCUACCUCUGGUCGCUGCCGUUCUCCUCUUCUUUUACUUGCAGUAA